AUGUCAAGCGAGCAGAGUGGCUCAUUAGACAAGAAGCUAUCAUCGAAAGAGAAGAAAGAGCAAAAGAAGCAGAAGAAAGACGAAGAGAAGCAACGCAAAGAAGAGGAAAAAGCACGCAAAGAGAAAGAGAAAGAUGAGAAAAGGCAACAAAAAUUACUUGAAAAGCAAGCUAAACAAGGGUCCAAGCACACGCAUCUCUCACAAUCACAAUCUCAACCUGUCGACAAAAGUCAUCGCCGUUUCACAAUCUUUUCUUUUAAAAAAUCUUCAAAGUCACUCAAAAAGAGUUUAACCCCCGAGCUUUCACCUACAUCACCUCAACAACCUCAAGCUCCACCUCUUUCACUCCCAAUGAGUCCUUCAAUGGCAUCUCCUGAUACACGCGCUGAGAUUUUAUCAGCUUCUGAGCGCACAGAUUUAUCUCACACGACCACUCAACAAACUGACUUCAUACUUCCUUCUGACGUCUUAAAACAGAUUCUCGCGAUCACAACGACGCUCGAGAAGGUAUUCAAUUUCACUGUAUUUAGAGAAGAACUUGAUUCAUUCCGAUUACUUAAUAUCACACAAAUACAAUUUAUGGGGAAGGACAUGUAUCUCAGAACACUCCCUGAUGUCAUUAAUUUGUUGCCGCUGAUAUACAAUAAAGAAUAUACAAGACAACUCCUCUUUUAUUCACACGAAUUUGAACCAGAGAAGAUCCUCUUCUUACUCGUCGAGUCCUUUUUAAAAACUUUGGAUGGCAAUAAACCACAGCGAGAGAAGUACUGCUCAAACUGUAUCAGAGUAUUCACUGCGUGGUUCACUACACGUGACGACGUCUUUACUAAUUCGUCGUUGUUGGAGUUAUCAAGAAACUUUCUUGUGUUUUGCAGAAAGCAGGCACAGAAGGAAAGUUUCUUGGGAGAACCGUUGGACGAGGCAGAACGAUGUUUGGAGGAGGUGUUUACGUCGAAAGGGAUUGUCACGUUCAAGAAACGGCUUGUUGUUGAUCAAGAGAAGAAAGACGAGUUAUUUGAUGUGAUCACCGUGAUGGAUGAGAGAUGUUUUAAUAUGAUACCGGAACAACUUGCGCUUGUCGAAUUCGACUUUUUGACGAAAUUAAACCCACACGACUAUUAUGUGUACUUGGAUAAUGACACAAAGGUGACUUCUAAAGUCAAUGGGUACAUCUUUUGGCACGACUUAUUAACACACUGGUUUGUGUAUGAAAUCGUCCGACAAAAGACUGUGGAAGACAGGUACAAAUGUAUUCAGACACUCUUUAAAUUAUCACUUGGACUCAUUAGAAAGAAAAACAUCAAUUCGUUGACCGCGUUGGUUGAUUCAUUUGACCACCAAGCAGUGAGGAGACUUGCAAAGACGUGGGAGAAACUAACAAAAGAAGAGUGGGGUAUCUACUCCGACUUAAAGUCUGUGAGGAACAACAUUGCGAAGAAGAACGCAUCAAUCACUUUGCCACCUCCUUGUGUUCCAGACUUCCGUUUGUUAAUUAAAGUGUUAUUGUAA